AAGUUGCAGUUCAGGAAAUAGCUCGAAAUUCGUGCGAGAAAUGGAGCUGCGCAUGUGCAAGCGCAUGGUGGAGUUUAAGAACGAAAUGUCAGCUCUUGGUCCUGCAAGAAAAAUGGAAUUCAAUCACAACGGCUCGCGGUUGGUGCGUAUCAUCAACAACGAGGUUGAGGUGGUAGACCCGCGGACGCAACGAGUUGUUCAAUCCCUCAGCAAUGGAACAAAUUUUCAAUUCACGGAGGUCGACCACGAACUGAUCCUCAAAUCCUGGAGAACUGAUGCACACCACUCAGAGUUACAGCUUCGGGAUUUACGGUUCCCGUCCUCACAUGCCGGCAGGAUCCGUUUCCCUGAUCAGGCGAUGUUACAAUAUGUUUACUCACAGAAGGAUAGGUCCAUCCUGAGUAACAUGCUUGUCUCGCAUGGAUCAGGUCACUACCAAUUUGAGGAGAAACGGAAGCUUGUGUUGCACAACAAAUCAAGACGAGGAUAA